AAACCCACACAAAACUGUCUCAUUUCUUUCUAUUCCCCCAAAAUCCUCUCUCAAGAGCUGAUGCUUCUCUGGAGAGAGAAAAGCAAUGGCUCUCAAAGCCCCUCCUCUUCCAACCCCUACCACCAAAUCACUCCACCCUCCCCACCCCUUCCCCUCUCAUGGAGAUGCCACCUUGUUCCCCCAACCUCCUCUCCUUUGCACCCACCACCCUUACUCACUUUCUCUCUCUACAAGAACCCACCACAGGUCUCACUCAUUUGUCCCACCAGGAUGCGUUGCAAGGAACACAACUCUUUCUAAUGCCCAGGAACAUGAUGAAACUGAAGUUGCAAGAGGUUACACCAUGACCCAAUUCUGCAAUAAGAUGAUUGAUUUCUUCAUGAUUGAGAAACCCCAAACCAAGGAUUGGAGGAAAAUAUUGGUGUUCAGAGAUGACUGGAGCAAGUACAGAGAGAACUUCUUCAACAGGUGCCAAGUGCGUGCCGAUACCGAGAAAGAUCCUAUUAUGAAACAAAAGCUGGUUGGGCUUGCUAGAAAAGUUAAGAAGAUUGAUGAUGAAAUAGAAAAGCAUAUGGAUCUUCUCAAGGAGGUUCAAGAAAGUCCCCUCGACAUUAACGCUAUUGUUGCGAGAAGGCGGAAGGACUUCACAGGGGAAUUCUUCCGUCAUCUUACUGUAUUCUCAAAUACAUACGACAAUUUGGAUGAUCGAGAUGCGAUUGUGAGGCUUGGAGCAAAGUGCUUGUCUGCAGUUCGUGCAUAUGACUGUGCACUGGAACAGCUGGAGAUGUCGGAUGCCGCUCAAAAGAAAUUCGAUGACAUACUAAACUCGUCCUCGUUAGACGAGGCUUGCGAAAAGAUUAAGAGCCUAGCUAAGGCGAAGGGGCUCGAUUCAUCCUUAGUUCUUCUAAUAAACGGAGCUUGGGCAGCUGCAAAAGAGUCGACGAGUAUGACGAAUGAGGUUAAGGAAAUUAUGCAUAGCAUCUAUAAAGCAACAAAGAAAAGCCUCAGAAGCAUCGCCCCGCCCGAAAUAAAGCUUCUCAAGUACUUGUUGAACAUCACAGAUCCCGAGCAGCGGUUCUCCGCGCUUGCUACUGCUUUCUCCCCAGGGGAUGAGCAUGAAGCGAAGGACGUUGAUGCCCUAUAUACUUAUUACGCAGGUGAACUUAACCCACUUCAGGAUAAAUUGGUGCCACUGUCUAGAACUCCAAAGGAGCUCCACAAAUGGAUCGCGAUCAUGCUCGACGCCUACCAUCUAAACAAAGAGGAAACCGACUUGACGGAAGCGCGGCAGAUGAGCGAUCCCAUCAUUAUCCAAAGGCUAAAUAUCCUCAAAGAAACAAUCGAAGACGAGUAUAUGAAGACCAAUAAACAAGACGAAGGCUCGGAACCGAAAGACUAAAAGUAUACACCAAUCUCAAUAAUCAGAAUCAGGAGAGAAAAUGGUUUUGGUUGUUACCAAGGUGCUGAGAUAUUAGUAAGAUAUCGAGAUGUAAGCGGUGUCGAUGAUUGAUGAGAUUUUAUCUUAUAAAAGUGUUACAUUUCGUUGCGUAUAUGUUCUGCGCCCUAAUCAUCCACUUUUGAUUGUUAUUUACUCUGUUCCUUUACGCGCCGAUCUCAGUAUCAGAAUCAAGAGAAAAGAUGGGUUGUUCUUCAUAAGAUGCUGACAAGUAAUGAGGUGAAGUUGAUUACUGAUGAAUUGUAUCUUGUGAUAAAAAAAAAAAGUUGUUUUCCUUUGUGUCUAUGCUCCAAGCUCUAGCCAUUUACUUCAUGCAAUGUAAUUUUAGCGGAGAAAAAGUCGUCAGGCUGGAAUGCUAUUGAUAGUAGAGGAAUAAAAUUUGCUAUUUGUGUUUUUUUUUUA